GCCUGCGUUUGCUGAGGCUCUGGGAUUCUCUUGCUUUGCUGUUUAACUGAAGAGUCCAGUUUUUCCCAUGAACCAUCUUUCACCUCGGGAAGAUAGAGGUGCAAAGUAGGUCAACCAUCAUGAGUGGCCUUGGGGACAGCUCAACGGACCCUGCCAACCCCGACUCUCGGAAGAGGAAAGGCUCGCCCUGCGAUACAGCCCAGAGCAAUGAAAAGCGGCGACGGGAACAGGAGAACAAAUAUUUAGAGGAGCUGGCGGAGCUGCUGUCUGCAAACAUCGGGGACAUCGACACUCUGAGUGUCAAACCCGACAAAUGCAAGAUCCUAAAAAAGACAGUUGAUCAGAUCCAGCAGAUGAAGAGGUUGGAGCAAGAGAGGACCACCACUGAUGAUGAAGUCCAGAAGUCCGACAUCUCAUCCAGCAGCCAAGGGGUGAUCGAGAAGGAGUCUCUGGGACCUCUUCUUCUGGAGGCAUUGGACGGCUUCUUCUUCGUUGUGAACCGCGAAGGGAGGAUCGUCUUUGUCUCUGAGAAUGUGACCAGCUACCUGGGUUAUAACCAGGAGGAGCUCAUGAACACCAGUGUCUACAGCAUCCUGCACGUGGGGGAUCACGCCGAGUUCGUCAAGAACUUGUUGCCGAAGUCUCUAGUAAAUGGAGUUCCUUGGCCUCAAGAAGCAACCAGGCGUAACAGCCACACCUUCAGCUGCAGGAUGCUGAUCCGGCCACCCGACGAGCCGGGCACGGAGAACCAGGAGGCCCGUCAGCGCUACGAGGUGAUGCAGUGCUUCACCGUCUCCCAGCCCAAGUCCUUCAAGGAGGAAGGAGAAGAUUUCCAGUCGUGUCUGAUAUGCAUCGCGAGACGAUUACCUCGACCAGCAGCUGUCACCCCUUCCGAAUCCUUCGUGACCAAGCAAGACACCACAGGUAAAAUCAUCUCCAUUGACACCAGUUCCCUGAGAGCUGCCGGCAGGACAGGCUGGGAGGAUUUGGUGCGGAAAUGCAUCUACGCUUUCUUCCAGCCUCAGGGCAGAGAGCCAUCUUACGCCAAACAGCUCUUUCAAGAAGUGAUGACACGUGGCACGGCCUUCAGCCCCUCCUAUCGAUUCACCUUGAGUGACGGAACAGUGCUUAGUGCCCACACCAAGUGUAAGCUCUGCUACCCCUCCAGCCCGGAGAUGCAGCCCUUCAUCAUGGGCAUCCAUGUCAUCGACAGGGAUCACGGCAUGCUCUCACCACAGGAGAACACUAACUCCGCAAUGUCCCUUCCCCGGGUCAGCCCCUCACUGAACCCCAGCAUCUCCCCGGGGCAAGGCAUGGCCCUGCCACCCUCCAUCCCUCCCUCCAACGGCAGCAUGUUGGCCGCCAACGUGAACCAGCAGCCAGGCGCCGGCCUCCACAACAGCAACUCCAGCACCAGCCAAACCAGCUUUGGAUGUUCACCUGGGAACCAGAUAGGAGCCAACGUUGCCUUAAGCCAGGGACAAGCCGGUCCCCAGAACAGUAACCACACUUUGAACCUCAAUAGCUCCCCCAUGAAUAGUCCAGGGAUUACCCCACCACAGUUCAUGUCUCCAAGGCACCGGGUCAGCCCAGGGCUGGUGCCCAGACCCAGAGUGCCCGGCAAUCCCUUCUCGCCCACCAUGCCCACCAUGCACUCCCCCGUGGGCAUGGCCAACAGCGGCAGCGGGAGCGGCGGUGGCACCGGUGGCACCAGACCCUUUCCCAGCGCCCCCAUAAACUCUAUGCAGGGGCUGACCGAAGGUCCCAGCACGCCGGUGGGCUACUCCACGCCACCCCCCGUGCUGAGACAGCUCAGCUCCCAGAGCUCGCCCGGCCGCCUCGCCAUGCAACCCAUGAAAGCGGAGUCCAAGGACAGCAAAGAGAUCGCCUCCAUCCUGAGCGAGAUGAUCCAGUCGGACAGCGGUUCAGGGGACAGCAAACCGCUGGACUCAGGCAUCCUGCACGCCGGCGACAGGCUCUCGGAGGGGGACAGCAAGUGCUCCCAAGCCACCAGCCAUAAGCUGGUCCAGCUCCUGGCCACCACGGCAGAGCAGCAGCUUCGACAUGCCGAUGCGGACACGAGCUGCAAAGAUUCGUUAGCCUGCGCGGGCACCGCUGGCACCUUGGCCUCCAGCAACCCUCCCAGCAGCACCUGCCCUUCCUCCCAUAGCUCGCUGACCGAGCGGCACAAGAUUUUGCAUAGACUCCUUCAGGAGGGCAGCCCUUCCGAUAUUACCACCCUGGCCAUGGAGCAUGAGAAGAAGGAGAACGCCCCGAACCCCGCCACCACCCCCACAGCUCAGAGCCAGCUGCCGGGCACCCCCGACAUCAAACUGGAGCCGGACGCGCUGAAGAAAAAAGAUGUCAAGGAUCACCAGCUCCUACGCUAUCUGCUGGACAAGGAUGAGAAGGAGCUUGCUGCAGCCCCGGCGCUGAGCCUGGAUGAUGUGAAGGUGAAGGUGGAGAAGACGGAGCAGAUGGAGCCCUGUAACACGGCCCCGGUGCCGCUCGCCAAACCUCCUGCCACGGAGGAGGUCAAGCUGGAGACACAGGGCCAGUUUGCUGCCGAACUGGAGCAGCUGGACCAACUCCUGCCCUCGCUGGAAAAGGCGGCUCAGCUGCCCGGCUUGUGCGGACCGGAGAGAAACGAGAGUGGCGUGGCCGGCGUUGCCGUCAAAGCAGAGAUGCUGGCAGCCCCGCUGCAGCCCAGCACCGCUGCCAGAGCCCCCACGGGACUCAACCGAAUGCCUGAGCUGGAGAUGGGGGUGCCGGAUCAUCAGUUUGGACAGCCGGGAAUGGGGGAGCAGAUCCCCUGGACGGAUAACAGCAUGGCAGCCAUGAAUCGAGGCACGCUGAAUAAACCCGAAGACCAGUGCAUCACCUCACAGCUGGACGAGCUCCUGUGUCCUCCCACCACGCCGGAGGGGCGGAACGACGAGAAAGCCCUGCUCGAGCAGCUCGUCUCCUUCCUCAGCGGCAAAGACGAGACAGAGCUGGCCGAGCUGGAUCGAGCUCUUGGGAUCGACAAACUUGUCCAGGGCGGCGGGCUGGAAGCCCUGACGGAGCGGUUCCAGCCGCAACAAGCCACCCCGCCGCUCAUGAUGGAGCAGAAACCCGGCAUGUACCCCCAGCCUUACUCCUCCGCCUCUCCCACCACCAACCUCCCCGGCGCCUUCCCUGGCAUGGUCAGGCAGAAGCCGUCCUUCGGACCCAUGCCGGUGCAGGUACCGCCGCCCCGCGGCGCCUUCCCCACCAACAUGGCCAUGCAACCCCGGCAGACGCUCAACAGACCCCCGACGGCCCCCAACCAGCUGCGACUUCAGCUGCAGCAGCGGCUGCAGGGACAGCAGCAGCUGAUCCACCAAAACCGGCAGGCGAUCCUCAACCAGUUUGCAGCCAACUCCCCAGUGGGCAUCAACAUGCGGGCGGGGAUGCAGCAGCAGAUCACGCCGCAGCCUCCCCUCAACGCCCAGAUGCUGGCCCAGCGCCAGCGCGAGCUCUACAGCCAGCAGCACCGGCAGCGGCAGCUCAUGCAGCAGCGAGCCAUCCUGAUGAGACAGCAAAGCUUCGGAAACAACCUCCCCCCCUCCGCCGGGCUCCCGGUACAGAUCGGAGCCGCUCGCUUGCCCCAAGCACCCCCCCAGCAGUUCCCUUACCCCCCAAACUACGGUACGACCCCGGGAAACCCUCCCACCUCCACCAGCCCCUUCUCGCCGUUGGCAUCUAACCCCGAGGCCGCGCUGGCUAACCGCAGCAGCAUGGUGAACAGGGGGAUGAUGGGCGGCGUCGGAGGGCAGUUCGGCGCCGGGAUGACCCCACAGAUGCAGCAGAACAUCUUUCAGUAUUCGGGAUCAGGCAUGGGUCAGCAAAGCGAACCUGCCUUUGCCCCGUCGCUCAGCCCCAGCAGCCCCUUGAUGUCACCCCAGCUCCCGCCUUCGCAAAGCCCCAUGCUGCAGCAGGCUCCGCCGACACCGGGCUACCAGUCACCUGACAUGAAGACCUGGCAGCAAGGAGCCAUGGGGAACAGCAAUGUUUUCAGCCAAGCGGGGCAGAGCCAGCCGGCGCCUGCUCAGCAGGGCAUGUACAACAACAUGAGCAUCACCGUCUCCAUGGCGGGAGGAAACACCAACGUCCAGAACAUGAACCCCAUGGCCGGACAGAUGCAGAUGAACUCGCUGCAGAUGCCUGGGAUGAACUCCAUGUGCUCGGAGCAGGUAAAUGACCCGGCGCUGAGACCCGCGGGCCUUUACUGCAACCAGCUUUCCUCCACUGACCUUUUGAAAACAGAAGCAGAUGGGGCGCAGCAGGUACAACAGGUUCAGGUCUUUGCCGACGUACAGUGUACAGUGAAUCUGGUAGGAGAUCCCUACCUCAACCCGCCGGCUCCCUUGGGCACCCCGAAAAACGCCGCCGGGCCGCCACCGCCGCCGCCGCCGGGCCAGCAGAAGAGCCUUCUUCAGCAGCUACUGACUGAAUAA